GUCUUCUUCCCAUCUCUAUAUAGUCUCAGUCUCCUUAUUGUUCCUUGCCUCCUUCCCCUUUCUCCCUCUCCCUCGUCCCCCAGAUGUUCUUGUGAGCCUGCAUAAUAGUAACUACCUUUUUAAGUUAGGAGGAGGGAGAAGGAGGAGAAGAAGAUGGGGUGGUCAUGGCAGUGGAGCUUGUGCCUGUGCGCGAUAGGGGCAUGUACGGUGAUGGCAGUCAAAGUGCUGGAGUAUUUGUGGUGGAGGCCCAGGAGGGUGGAGCGCCAUUUUGCCAAGCAAGGCAUACGAGGUCCCCCUUACCGAUUCUUCAUUGGCUGCGUCAAGGAGAUGGUAGGCCUCAUGCUCGAGGCCUCCUCUAAGCCGAUGAUGAUGUCUCAGAACCAGCACAACAUCCUUCCCAGAGUCCUCGCCUUCUACCACCACUGGAAGAAGAUCUACGGCUCCCCCUUCCUGCUCUGGUUUGGCCCGACUCCGCGGCUCGCUGUCACUGACCCCGAGCUUAUCCGGGAGAUUAUGCUGUCGCGGUCCGAGGUCUUCGAGCGCUACGAGUCUCACUUGGAGGUCCGACGGCUGGAGGGCGAGGGGCUGGUGAGUCUCCGAGGCGAGAAGUGGGCUCACCACCGCAGGGUCCUCACCCCUGCUUUCCACAUAGAGAACCUCAGACUGUUGAUUCCCUUCGUCGGUAAGACGGCGCUUGGCAUGGUGGAGAAGCUGCCGGUCUCCGGGGAGGAGGUGGAGAUCGACGUGUCCGAGUGGUUCCAGACCGUGACGGAGGACGCCAUCACCCGGACCGCCUUCGGGAGAAGCUUCGACGACGGCAAGGCCGUGUUCAAGCUGCAGACUCAGCAGAUGGCCUUUGCGGCUGAAGCUUUCCGCAAUAUAUUCAUCCCUGGCUACAGAUUUUUACCGACGAAAAAGAAUACCAGCUCGUGGAAAUUAGAGAAGCAAAUCAAGAACAGCCUGGUCGAGUUGAUUGGCCGGCGAAGGGAAAUGAAGGAGGAGGAGAAAGGGAAGCAGCCACCAAGAAAUGUGAAGGAUCUGCUUGGUCUAAUGAUCAAUGCGAGCGAACCCAAACAGAGCACGGCAGCGGAGUGCCCGCGAACAGUGCCGACGCCAGCGUCGUCGUGGAUGACCGUCCAUGACAUUGUGGAGGAGUGCAAGACGUUCUUCUUCGCCGGGAAGCAGACCACCUCCAACCUUCUGACGUGGACUACCGUGCUGCUGGCGAUGCACCCGGAAUGGCAGGAGCGCGCGAGGGCGGAGGUCCUCCGCGUCUGCGGUCCCCGCGACGUGCCCUCCCGCGAACACCUUCCCAAGCUCAAGACGUUGACGAUGAUAAUCUACGAGACGCUGAGACUGUACCCGCCGGCGGUGGCGACGAUCCGGCAGGCGAAGGCGGAUGUGGAGUUGGGAGGAUACCAUAUCCCUCAGGGCACGGAGCUGCUGAUCCCAAUCAUGGGCCUGCACCACGACGCGGAGCUGUGGGGCCCGGACGUGGCGCAGUUCAAUCCGGAGCGAUUCGCCAACGGCGCCGCCCGCGCCGCCCGGCACCCGACGGCCUUCAUCCCUUUCGGCCUGGGCUCACGCAUGUGCAUCGGCCAGAACCUGGCGCUUCUCGAGGCCAAGAUCACCAUCGCCGUCCUCCUCCAGCGCUUCUCUUUCCGCCUCGCGCCCUCCUACGUCCACGCCCCCACGGUCCUCUUACUCCUCUACCCACAAUUCGGCGCCCCAGUCCUCUUCCGCUCCCUCACCUCAUGAUACACUCAAAAACUACAGAGCGUCUAUUCUUUUGGAAUGAUACACGGCUAACCAAGUCCCCGCUGCCCGCCAUGGCCACCACACCUUCUUGCCCAUGCAAAUCCAAGUUUCGUCCUUUAUCAGUGUUCUCCAAAUGUGACAUUUCAGUACGUAUUCACCUUGUAUUAUACCACUCAUCCAACUAUUUCAAAUCAAUACAAAAUUUCUUCAUCUC